CGUUUCCUCGAUGCUGAGCGUUGGAGUGCGAUGGCGGCGUGCCGGGGAUCCUCGUCCAAAUGGUUCUUCACCCGGGAGCAGCUGGAGAACACGCCGUCCCGCCGCUGUGGAGUCGAGCCGGACCGGGAGCUCUCCUACCGACAGCAAGCGGCCAACCUCAUCCAGGACAUGGGCCAGAGACUCAACGUCUCUCAAUUAACAAUAAAUACAGCCAUUGUUUACAUGCAUAGAUUUUAUAUGCACCACUCUUUCACCAAAUUCCAUAGGAAUAUAAUAUCUCCAACCACCUUAUUCUUGGCCGCGAAAGUGGAAGAGCAACCGCGGAAACUCGAACAUGUGAUCAAAGUGGCACACGCUUGCCUAAAUCCCCAAGAACAACCCCUAGACACAAAGAGUAAUGCAUACCUCCAGCAAGCUCAAGAGCUGGUGAUACUUGAAUCCAUAGUGCUGCAGACCCUGGGCUUUGAAAUUACUAUUGAUCACCCACACACUGAUGUGGUGAAAUGUUCCCAGCUAGUGCGAGCAAGCAAGGAUCUGGCACAGACUUCCUAUUUCAUGGCUACCAACAGUCUACACCUCACCACCUUCUGCCUCCAGUACAAGCCCACAGUGAUCUCCUGCGUGUGCAUCCACCUGGCGUGCAAGUGGUCCAACUGGGAAAUCCCAGUUUCCACUGAUGGGAAACACUGGUGGGAGUACGUGGACAACUCUGUCACCCUCGAGCUGCUUGAUGAGUUGACCCACGAGUUUCUGCAGAUUCUGGAGAAGACGCCCAGCCGGUUAAAGAGGAUACGCAACUGGAGGGCAACACAAGCUGCCAAAAAGCCCAAGGGCGACAGCUCUCAGUUGAACGACAACUCGUUUCCCGGGCCUUCCAUGCUUCAAGAUCACGGCGAUGCACCACUCAACUCAAGUUUCUCCAAAGCGGGCGGCGCUUUCCCCGUGGCCAUGCCUGGCCAGUCCGGAGGCGGUGCCCUUUCCCUGGACGCCUUGGUUGGGACUUAUAACCCAGCUAGCCACAGUGAGUGGCCCCUGAGCAACCAGAGCCAAGCAGGGUAUCCUUCCACCUGUAUAAAAGAGGAGCCCCUCAACAUCCCUCUCCAAGAGCCCACGCUGUCCCUGCAGACCUCCGCUUCCUCUCUGGCUUACAGGACUGACAAAACGCUAGACUUCAUCCCUGUCAAACAGGAACAAAAAGGAGCUGGUGGGAGUGGUUCGGGGAAGCAUCAGCAGCCACCUCAGUCCACCUACCCCCCGCCAGCUCAGCCUCCUCCACCGCAACCGUCUCCAGCUCAGAAGCUGUCUCUGGACAAAUACAGAGAGAAACAUGCUGCGGAGCUGGCAGUCUCUGGGCAGAAACGCAGUCAGGAACAGCAUGGGGGAAUAAUGGAUUGUGAUAUGAGGGGGGAUAUGUUAUUUUCCUCCUCUUCUACCUAUGCAUCAUCCUUUUCUGCGAGCCAAGGAGACCAUAGAAAGCAUUCGCAGCCCCACCAAGCAUCCCAUGGUGGUGGUGGGAGCACCACCGCCUCCCCGAUGAAAAUCAAAGUCCCCUCCUCCUCGGCGUCAGGGCAAGAUAGACGUCACCACAGUGACAAACGGGACAAAGGCUCCCUCAAACUCCGCCUGGCCGUCCCUGGGUCUGGUGGCAGCUCCCAGCUGGAUAGAAGUGGACAACCAAUCAAAGAUGAGCUUAAGAUGAAGAUAAAAGUCUCAUCGUCGGAGCGCCACAGCUCAUCAGAUGAAGGCGUGGCGGCCAACAACAUCAAGAGCAAACAUUCCAGCCCUCUGGUGAUCAAGGAGAAACAACACCGUGGAGCAGAUCAAAGCCUCCACCGCCACCACAAGCACAGUCACACACAUCCACACACGCACAGCGGGAACGGUGGAGCAGGCCUGCUACGGGGUCCCCCAGGGCUGGUCGGCAUGGAAGGCAUGGCGCUCCCUCCGCCCGGAUCCACCUCUUUAUCGUCAUCGCGCAAGAGGGUGUACCCCGAGGCCGGCCACAACCACCACCCUUCCUCCUCAUUCUCCACCUCAUGCUCCAAAGUGAGCAAAAUCUCCAAGGGUGGCACUGGUGCUGCAGGUACUACAUCUUUUUCUCUCCCCUUUUCUCCUCCUCGCUCCUCUCCUGUACUGCAGUGUGUCUCGUCUGGCUUGCAGCUCUAUGGCUAACCUCCCUCCCCCUCCCUUCCUCCUCCUCCUUAUUCUUGUUUCUCCUCCUCCCCUCCUGUCAUACCCAGGUGGGCUGCGGACCUCUCAGCAGUACCCUCCUCCUAGCGAAUCGCCACAUGAAGUGGGAGAGCAGAGACACUGAGUCCACCGCUCUGCAGCCAUGGCCAGCCCAUGGAAAUGGCAACAGACUACCCACACAGCUCAGACUAUGCUCACCUCCCUGUUAAGUGCCCUAAGGAAAUAACUCGUGUCAUGAUAAACCCUUUACUGAAAGGCAGAAAAAAACUUAUCUAAAAAAAAAAAAAAAAGAAGAAGAUAAGUAAUGUUGGACUUCUCAGUUUCUGAGAGACAAGAAAGAUGAAAAAAAAAAAAAUUAUGCUUCCUGACUGUCAGAUCUCUGGGCUGUGACACUCAGUCCUGUCUUUCUGUUAGUGUUGAAUUGCUGCUUAGUUCUCCUUCCUCCUCAAAUGAGUCUAGGAAUGUGCAAAAAGUGGGUGUGUUUUCACCGCUGAGGGGGGGGAAGUCUUCCCUGCAUUUCAGAUCUCCACAUGGGAAAAAAAGUAUUACAAGUACUAUAAGAGGCAUGGAAGGUGCACUUUUUUUUUCAUUUUGUUUUUUUUAAACAAGUAAUUUAAUUGAAUCACAUUUCUGCGGUUGUAUGGAGGAAGCCAGUGGCCAGCUGGAGAUGAGUUCAAGUUAUGUUUGCUGGCAUUCCAUUUAGUACUGUUGAUGGAUGCAAAUUUUUUUUAUUUAGAUGUAAAGUUUCAUCUCCUCAAUUUCAUUCUCGUCGUGAUUUCUUUUUAUACUUCAGUACUGUGCGUAUAAUUUGCAUGUUUCAAUCAUCAAAGGGAUUUAAAAGGAGAACGCGUACUUGCUGUUUACAGAAAGUGGAGAUAAAUGUACAUACGUUUUUGUAUGUUUAAAGAAGAAAAAAAAAAGCUAUACCAUGACUACUCAGGUUUGGAGCUGCUUGUAAGUAUAACAAGAUAACUAUAAUACCUAUGAAAUACUUUUAUUUUGUUGAUCAACGGUUUGGGCAUCAUCGGGUGAAUGAUUGCAGCAUUCCAGUGGUGUGUGCUUCUUACAACCUUCUUAUAGGGGGCGCUGUUCUGUGCUUUUCCAUCACAGGGAAUAUCAGUUUAUGCCCUCAGUAACACAGGCACAUCGGACACCUACUUACCACAUCAGAGCGAUGCAAUUUGUACCAAAAACUAUUUUUUGGGGACCUAUAAGUAGACCUUAAGCUGGAUGCCAAAGGUUUUGCCUCAAAAAGAAAACAAUAACUGACAAAGACAGUAGUAGUGUGCUAUAAAAGUUUACAUAACCCUUUUUACUUUGAAGUGCAUCAGACAUCAUUUUAUGACAUGAAGCUGUAGCCCUUAAAUGUCAGCUGGGGAUUCAUGUAAGUAUUGUUCAAUCAGCCAUUAACAUAGUAUUACAAAGAAGAAGAAAAAAAAAUGACCCUUGUUGGCUUAGUUCCAUCCCAGCAACAGUUGUCAGAACAGUGACCAAUUGGAAAUAUGCAACAUGACCUGCUGAAUAUCGUUUGGAAACCUCAAGUAUCUGCAGUUUGAACGCCCUUUUAGGUUUUGUCACUGAUGUCUUAAUUUACAUUUACAGCCAUGUACCUGUCCGGACACAUCUCACAACGGUUUCAUACAUUAAACUCUAUAUUGUUCCCAAAUGUUGACCUGACCACCCUCUCUGUUCUUGACCCGGUUAAUCAAAAUACUUAAAAAGCCUGAGACCAUUUGGACCCAUUUGGGACCUACAGUCGGGCAUGCAAAGCAAAAGCAGAGGUUGACAAAUAAGCAUAACCCAUUCUUUACAACUUUUUUUUUUUUUCCUUUCCACUUUAAUAUUACAAAUAAACUUCAAAGUCGCCACUACCCUGACACGGUAUAAAACUUGGUUGUUGCUGUCGUUUUAUUCUACAUUAUCCAUGUUUUCUAUAGUCUAGGAAUAAAGAAACUUGUUGAUUUUAAUAGUAGGAGACAUUGGUGUACAGUUCCUUAUAGUAAUGCCAAGUUCUUAUCACAUGUCUCUUAGUCACAGUUUUACACGUUGAUUCCUCAAUAACUCAGUGGAAAAGCCAACAGGAAGUAGUUAACAUUCUCAGCAUGCUGCAAUGUGGGUUAGACACAUUUUUAUCAUAAUCUACAUAUAUCACAAAGCAAAGGGACCUAGUUACAUUUAAGGUACAAAGAUUGGCACA